AUGCAUCGCUUUUUUGCCGUCACCGAGCAAAACCUGGCUGACCGAGUUCAGCAUAUCAUGCGCUCAAAAAUAUUUGAUGACGCCGAACUCGAACGGCUACGACGUGAGGCUGUUCCCUCAUUGGAUGAAAAUGCUACGACUGAGGAUGCGGUGCCACAACUUGCAGAACAACCCGCAAACGUGGAUGCCGCCCUAAAUACCCAGCUGUGGUUGAUUCAAAUGAUGAUGGAACAGUCGACCAGGAACUGGAACUAG